UUAUACCUGUUCGUAUUUUAUCACAGAACAUGAAUCUAUAAUCCUAUUAAUACUAAAUAUUAAUCAUGUGCAAGUGUUGAAAUCAAAAAUAUAAAUUUCAUUCGCAUAACUUAUUGAUAUAGUGAGAAAUAUCAAUUCGAUCAAUUAUAUCAAUUUGGAUCUUAUAAUCUUAUUUAACUUAAAGAACUGCGGAAAAGAAUCCGAGAGCAAACAGCGCAUUCUAAACGAAAUAACAACACGAUGUCUUUACGUUUCUAUUCAUUCGUGAGAAGGAUACAGAAAACGCAUGGCAGAAAAUUUAGCACAGCUGUGGAAGUAAAAGACGAGCAAAUAAGUCAAGUAUGCUCAUUUCGCACAGCUGAAAAUAAUCCAGUUAAUCAUAAUGCAGAUCACCUUGCCAGAUUAUAUACAGUACCAAAAGAUAUUCAACAGCAAAUCUUUCAGCAUGGUGGCAUCCCUAAAGGAUUUAUGAAACAAGUUGCCACGUUUCAAGAAUGUUCGAUACUGGUCAGGCAACCUGCGAUUGAGAUUAUUUCUUAUCUCAAUCAGGCCGAUUAUACAAGACCUGUUAAUAAAUAUGUGUUAUAUGGAAAGUUUGGGGUAGGAAAAAGUAUUACAUUAAGUCACCUAUUGCACUAUGCCUUUAUGCAGAGAUGUGUGCUUGUUCACAUAUAUUGGGCUCCUCAUUGGUUUAAGGACAUAAAGGAAGUCGCGACUUCAGUACUAUCCCCAGGAUGCAUGGAUCUACCGAUUGACGCUGGCUUGUGGUUGAAACAUUUCAAAUCUCAAAAUACAAAACUGCUUUCACAAUUGGACCUGAAAACGUCGAAAGAUUAUGUAUGGAACCAACGCGAAAUGACUUCGCAAGGUACACCUAUCUUGGAACUCGUCGAGUUCGGCAUGAAUCGCAUCAAGUACGCUUGUGGUGUGGUGGACGCGCUUAUAAAAGAAUUGAAAUUUGCUAGUACAGCUGGAAAGUGUAAGACGAUUGUCAUAAUAGAUGGAUUCAAUGCAUUCACAUCGAGUCACACGCGUAUCCACGAUGAUAAUAAAGUAAUGGUUCUGCCUAAACAAAUAUCGUUGGCGGUACCGUUUUUCGAUAUCACAAAAAGUGAUUGGUGUAAUGGUGCAAUCAUAGUAACAGUAGACCAAACAGCAAAUAAGGAAAGACGAGAAUCCUAUCUUCCUAGAUAUCUGCUUGGUAAAGAAGGUUUCGAGCAUCUGGAUCCUUUUAUACCUGUUCUAGUUGAUGAUUAUAAUAUUGCAGAAUUCGAUAGCAUGAUAGAGUAUUAUAAAGAUCGCAAAUGGAUCAGGAAUAUAACAGCUAGUGGUCAGAGAGAAUUAGAACUAAUCACUAAUAAAAAUCCGUACGUUUUAAUGGAUCAAUGUAAAUUUUUAUAAAGGUAAUUGUUUGAACAUGGAUAUAAUUAUAAUAAAGCUUUUAACAUUC